GACUCGGGCGAAGCAGCCAUUAGGAAAGUGCUGAUGCAGAGGUUCACUUGUGUCUACGGGCAGAGUUGGAGUAGUUGCUGUUCACGGACAAAGGCGGUAGGAGGGAGUGGAGCUUUGUAGAAGCCGGAGCCUGUCUCACUGGGUGUCUGUGUUUCAUUCCCUGUCAAAAGGCUGGGAGCUGGGGGAAAAAAGCAGGGAAGCGGCGAGCUGCAGCGCUCGCUCAGGAUCAGAUAGCAAGAAAACCAAUAGCAGCGAGAAAAAAAAAAAAAAAGAAAACCAACCCACACCAACCAACCAACUCACCCACCCUCCACGCUGAGGCUGAAACAGGCAGGUCCCUGCCAACUCCACAGCACGCAGCAAGCAGGGAAGAAGUCCACCCUCCCCGGGCAGGAGCGGAGUUGAGCCCGAAGGAUAUUUGAUGACAAUUUGGCGACGAUGGGUCCCUUAGCAUCUUCCAGAGCCCAUUUGAGGGUGAAGGCUCUGAAAGCACAGAGGGAGUUUGAAGCUAAAUUCACCUGAGUCUGGAUCUCUCGGUCGCUGGGAUUUAUCUUUUCUUUUUUUCUCCAGGGGGUGACAGGGGAAACAGAACCAAGAAAAAAACGUGGGGUUUUUUAAAAUCUCCCUCUUUUUUUUUUUUUUUCCCUUCCAUUUUUUUUCUUUUGGAAGAAGAUAUAUUUUUUUCCCUGUGUUUGGAAUGGAGGGGUUGGGUCUGUGCCUAAGAAGCAGCAGCCGAACGUCGGUCCUGGGAGAAACCCGAGUGGAUCUGGGGUCCCCCACCAGCUAACUCUCCAGGACCCGCAGCCCCACGGCCGGGGGGGGGCUGGAUGCAGUGAGAGAACCUCUCACAGGAUCCGUGUGGUGACGUGGCAGCCAAGACGUGGAAGCUUGGGACUUCUCUUCCACCACAACAGAAUUUGGGGGGUGGGCAGGGGUGGGCCAGGGGGACGCUGGGAGUCACAAGACCCUUCACCUUCACUGUGGGCUUGGCUCAGGGAUGACUGCAGGCAGAGUCAACCCUUACAGCAUCGUGUCCUCCGAGGAAGACGGGCUGAGGUUGACCACCAUGCCAGGUAUCAACGGCUUUGGCAAUGGGAAAAUCCAUACCAGGAGAAAAUGCAGGAACAGGUUUGUAAAGAAGAACGGUCAGUGCAACGUGGAGUUCACCAACAUGGAUGACAAGCCGCAGAGGUACAUUGCAGACAUGUUCACCACAUGUGUUGACAUCCGCUGGAGGUAUAUGCUCUUGCUCUUUUCCCUGGCAUUUCUGGUGUCCUGGUUAUUGUUUGGGCUGAUUUUCUGGCUAAUUGCACUCAUUCAUGGAGAUCUAGAAAACCCGGGUGGAGACGAUACCUUUAAGCCUUGUGUUCUGCAGGUCAAUGGCUUUGUGGCUGCUUUUCUGUUCUCCAUCGAGACCCAAACAACUAUUGGUUAUGGCUUCCGCUGUGUGACGGAGGAGUGCCCGCUCGCGGUCUUCAUGGUGGUGGUUCAGUCCAUCGUGGGGUGUAUAAUUGACUCUUUCAUGAUUGGUGCAAUAAUGGCAAAGAUGGCCAGGCCCAAAAAACGGGCGCAGACAUUACUUUUCAGCCAUAAUGCAGUAGUGGCAAUGAGAGAUGGAAAACUCUGCCUGAUGUGGAGAGUUGGGAACCUCCGGAAAAGCCACAUAGUAGAAGCCCACGUACGAGCUCAGCUAAUUAAGCCCAGGAUCACGGAAGAAGGGGAGUACAUACCACUUGACCAAAUAGAUAUCGACGUGGGGUUUGAUAAAGGCUUGGACCGUAUCUUCUUGGUGUCUCCCAUCACCAUUCUCCACGAGAUCAAUGAAGACAGCCCCUUGUUUGGGAUCAGUCGCCAGGACUUGGAGACAGACGACUUUGAGAUUGUGGUCAUUCUGGAAGGCAUGGUAGAAGCCACCGCUAUGACAACACAAGCUCGGAGCUCCUACCUGGCCAGCGAGAUCCUCUGGGGCCACCGCUUCGAGCCUGUCUUGUUCGAGGAGAAAAACCAGUACAAAGUAGACUAUUCCCACUUCCACAAAACCUACGAGGUCCCGUCCACUCCCCGUUGCAGCGCCAAGGACUUGGUGGAGAACAAAUUCCUGCUGCCCAGCACCAACUCCUUCUGCUACGAGAACGAGCUGGCCUUCAUGAGCCGCGACGAGGAAGAGGAAGAUGAUGACAGCCGGGGUUUGGAGGACCUGAGCCCAGACAACAGGCACGAGUUCGAUAGGCUUCAAGCCACAAUAGCGUUGGAUCAGCGGUCGUACAGGAGGGAGUCGGAAAUAUGACUCUUGGUCCUUCCAUUGACUUUUCCGAGGGUAUUUUUUUUCCUCCUCUAAUCUCUUCCCCUACAACCCGCUCAACUUAUGCAGAACAAUGCAAGUGCCAUAGGAAUGCUUGAGAAAUUAGUAUCGUUCAUAGUUUUCAGUUUCAUCGCAAUAACCACUGAGCGGUCUGCAGGAGGGGACGGCGGCAGGCCAUGGCGCGUCUCCUGCGCCCGGCGCCUGCAGCGGGGCCGAUGGCUCUGGGGGGACGGACGGACGGACGGAUGGACAGAGAGAGAAGGGUCCGUGGGGUGCAGGCGGGCGCUCGCCCCACGCGGCCCCACGGGGCUUUGCUCUCCCCGUGGGGAAAAUGCCAGCGUUUUCUUGGAGCCGAGCACUGCGAGAUCCAAAAAGAGGAAAUAUCAGGAAACAAGUCUUUCUUUCUCUCUUUCUUUUUUUUCCUUUUAUUUUUUAACUGAGCAGUAACAACAAAAAAAUUGCUCCUUCCGGCAGGCGGUCUGAUUCAGUUGCACAAGAACAACACUUGAAAUAACAUGCAACAUUAACGUACUUCUUUUUAAUUUUGGGAAAAAGUGGGGGGAGGGAGGCGAGAGGUUUUUAAAUUUUUUCACCGUACCGUUUGGGAGACUGUUUACCAAAAUAAUAAUAAUAACAAUAAUAAUAAUAAUAAUAAUAAUAUUAAAUCUGAAAGAAGUGAUUCAGUAUUUUUUAAAAAUGAACAAGGGAAUGAAUAAGCCACCGGGGUCCUUUGAGGGGGUGACUUGCUGGGCAGAUGCAAGAGCUAGAAGUCAAGAGUGCAUACAAUUUUGGGGUGGUGGUUUUUUUUCCCACUGGCAUGGCUUCGUAGGCAGAAAACAGACAUAAGUGGCUGGAGGUCUGUGGCAGAGAAAGCGAGUAGCGUAAUUACUGGCAAAGUAGCUAAUAAGGAAAAGGCAGACUGCAAUAGAAAGAAUCAUUGUAAACACAGUAAUUAGCCAAUUUCUGGAAAUAUUGAUCUUCAGGGUGGCAAUUGGGUCUGGGGCAUCAGCUGCUGAAGUGCUGGGUCUCCCCCAACAUCUCCGAUGGGGAAUUCAUAAGUUUCACCGUAACUGGGAUAAAAUAGCGAAAAGCACAAAAAGGAGAGUGGAAAGCUCUCAGAUUUGGGUAUUUUCCCACUUUUCCAACCAAUUUGGUAUUUUCUCCCUUGAAAAUUAUUUCAGGCAUGGAAAUCAAUGUGAAAGUCAUCUUGUUGGGUUGCACUUCCUCUAGCACAGGAGCCGUCUCUGUGCCAGGCUGGGAUUUAUGAAUUCCCCGUUCACCGGAGAGUCCUGCUUCAGAGGCAGAUGCUUUUCUAAAAACAACAGAUGCCAGUCAAGAAAAACCACCCCGUCUUGUGCUUCAACCCGUCCCCGCGUCCCAGCCUCAAGGUGGAUUGUGCCUUAGAGAUGCAAACUCAUCCCGCGCUCUACCCCUCCUCCCCAGCACCCCACUUGCAUCCCUACCCUGGGGCAACGUCCCCUUCGCUCUGUCCCUGUGGCAUCACCUGCAUCCCACCGUCUGCUGCGCUGUAGGCUGGCCUUGGUGGCACGCUGAUUUAGCUUUUGCCACGGCACAAGGCAAACCACCCGGCGCAUGGGGAGCCCUUGCUCCUGCCCCGCUCCCUGCCUUUGCGCAGAGGGAAGGAGCCGGGAAGAUGCAGGCUGCAGGUCCCUUCAGCCUGGCUGUGCUGCUCAUCGGUGCUCUGGGAGCCAAAAUCUGGGUCCCUGCUCCCCGUGGCCGUGGGAAAGGCUUCGGUACCCACAGGCAUCCCGCACCCGACCCUGGGUGCGGAGCCCUGGCAGCACCUGGCCUCGGGGAGCAGGGGUUGAGAGUGGGGUCCCCAGCAGCGUUUUGGCUGUGAUGGGCUCCCGGUGUUUUCUGCCCCCUGCCCACGUCAGGGAAGCUGUAUCCCAGGGUUACAACUUGCUGUGGCAUGUCCAACCAUCGGUGGCAGAGGCAGGAUUUGUCCUGUGUCCCCAUCCCUGUCUCCUUCUUGCAGAGGGCUCUGGGGAGUGGCUGCCCCGGUGCCCCCCCACUGCCCUGUGCCCCCCAGCAUCACGUCUCGCUGGCCGGCUGCAGGAUGGGGACCGGCACUUUGUCCCCACAGAGUUCCUUCUCACCCCGUUCCCACCAGCAUCCAUCAUUGCCACCCUGUGCUGCCCACCAAGGGGCUGCUCUAUUUUCGGCUUCCCCUAAAACACAGCCACUGGGAGAAAACAUCCCCGCGGGCAGCGCUGGGAGGGAGCCGGCCGGUUUUGGCACCGAGUGUCCCAAGCAGGCUGUCCCCAAAAGCGGGGGGGACACGUAGGGACGUGUCAUUGAGCUCCAGCCACAACGUUUAUGUUUCUAAGGCAGCAAACGCAGAAACACAGACGCCAUCCCAUCGUCGGUCCCUUUGCUCCCGGGGGGGAUGGUUUUGCCACCCACUUUUUGCCUCAUAGCAUCUGGGGGGUGGGAAGGAUGGAGGGGAGGGCAGAGAGAUUUUGUGUGCGCACUACUUAUUUAUUUUUUUAAACAAAUGCUUUUAAGUGGUUUUAGGUUCUUUUGAAUAAAUAAUAAUUAUAAAAAAAAGGUGCACAUCUUGCUGCUGUAGGAUUCUCAGAGGGUUAAUUUCUUUAUAAAUAUAUAUAUAUCACAGUAAAUAUUUGUAUAAAAAUGAAAGAGAAAUAGAGAUGUCUAAGUAAAUUAUUGCUUUUAAAGAAACUUCUAUGAUUGUACAGUGUUACCUGGGAGAAUAGAAUAAUAUAUACAGAUGUAUUUUUAAAUUGCUGUGUAGGAAGAUGUGAACUGGGCUGGGGAGUGCCCGUGGCCGGCAUAGCAAAGGGGGGUUCGGACCCUCCCCAGCCCCCGUUCAUGCACCCCCUUCCCCAAACCCCACUAGUGAGGAUCUAGCUCCGGCGAGUUGUCGUAUAUAUAUAUAUAUA